AUUUUUUGAUAAUUUUUGACAAAAAAUGAAGCCUCAACGGGAAAGUAUGUUUGCAACAUGUCCUUUCUCUAGCGAGCAUCGAACUCUCCGCUAUCUACUGUGGAGGCAUAUGCAGUAUUGUCCUGAAAAUCCUGACAAUAAGAAGUUGGAGAAUGAGAAGCCAUCGCAUACUAAAGAACUCCAGCUACGGGACAGCCUGGCUGCCCAAAAUUCUCUUGCCUCAUCAAAGUCGGCAGAAGAGAACAUUCCGACGGCAAGGAACACCAUAGAACAGUCAUCGGCACCACAAGAGAGUGAAGGGGAGGGCUGGGAUGCAGAGCCACCUGCAGCACAAGAGAGUGAAGAGGAGAGCUGGGAUGCAGAGCCACCUGCAGCACAAGAGAGUGAAGAGGAGGGCUGGGAUGCAGAGCCACCUGCACCACAAGAUAGUGAAGAGGAGGGCUGGGAUGCAGAGCCACCUGCACCCCCAAAUGUGUAUCGUUCGAAUCUUAAGGCAGACAUAGUCGUAGGUGCUAAAUCGGUGGAAUUCUUUGAGCCACGACAUAGUCCAAAAUCUGCAGAACAUCUGCAGAAGGGAGCACAAGCGGAGUCGACAUCAUGCCCUGAGCCGCGGCAGCGUCAUCCGUCUCCAUACCCGCCCCUGAGAGAGAGUGAAGAGAACUGGGAUGCAGACCCACCUGCACCCCCAUAUGUGUAUCGUUCGAGUCGUAAGGCAGACGUAGUCGUAGGUGCACUUAGUUUCAAUUCUAGGGCAUUACGCCGCCACUUUACAGUAGGUCAUCAGCUAUACCCCAAGAAAAUACUUGAAAUUGAUGAGCGUUUUAAUGCUUCAAAUGAAGACGCAUCUGAACUCUAGAAACCAUACGUUCUAUACCCAAAUCAAGCAAUCCAGAACACACAACUAUGGUUAAAACAGAAGACACUGAUAUUUCCAGGAAUCAAUAAAUUAAUCAUUUAACAAAAAUUACGAUCAUGAAAGUUCGUAUAUACUUUACGCACUAUUUAUCUGUAUUCCGUGCCGAGACCUGAGAUCUGUUGUCUCUAAACACCUUUCAACAAUCAAUUAGAACACUAGAGAACUAUGAAGAGUGUUUGAAAUGCAUACCUAUAUAAAAGACUCACACAAGAUCUUGACUUAGCACAGUUGUUUUCCAGAUUACUAUCGUAGCCAAGUAUGGUCCAAAUGUAUCCGAACUAUAUAUCUGUGAUUCGUUCCGAGACCUGAGACCACAUCAAGAACCGAAAACUCAAUAUCACCAAUAAUGUUAUGACACAAAAGCAGAAAACGGAAAUAACUCACAAUUUCAACGAAUAUUGAGGCUUAUGAGACUAAUUCUUCAAUAAACAAAUAACGGCAGGUGUUUAAAAAACACUUUAUACACACAUACAUACAUACAUACAUAAUGGAGAAGCUUUCAACACAGCACAUCAAGAACCAAAAACUCAAUAACACCAAUAAUGCUAUGAAACAACAGCAGAAAACUGAAAUAACUCACAAUUUCAACGGAUAUUGAGACGGUUUUUAUAUAAUUCUUCAAUAAACAAAUAACGGCUGGUGUUUAAAAAACACUCUAUACACACAUACAUACAUAUAUCAA